CUCUCGAUUCUCGACUCAAACGCGGUCCCGGGACCGCACGGGAUUGAUGGGAUGAUGUCUUUCCGUUUACACAAUUCCGUAAAAUUGAACUGAUUUAGUAUCACUCGGACGGACGUCGGGAUCGGUCGCAAUGCGCUAAGCUAGUAGGUGGAAGAGUGCGCGCGUAGUUGUUGUACUUCGAUUUUAUUUUGGAUUAUGUUAAUUCGUGCGUGAAGGAAACCGUUGCUGAUAAGCCACUGCCGUCUUGAGACGGUUCAGCCGUGAUUGUGAUAAUCGAUCGGUCAAACAUGAAGAAGUGGUUCAGAUUCUUUUAGCAGCAAACUGUGAUGAUUCUAGUUUUCUUUCUUGUCUCCGGAAAAAGAAGCAAAGAUCUACAACAGAGUGUAGGUAAAAAUAUAGUUUUGAUUCACACCUUGUUACUCUUUGCUGCAAGGAAGCAUCCAUAAAUAUGUGAACAAGUGUUGCUGAUUGGUGUGCUGAUAAGAAAAUUAAAAGAAAACAAAUCUUCCGCUAGUGUGGCCCACCUGUUGUGGGGGGAUGGAAUUUUUAAGUGCGCUGAAGCCGAAUGGUGGAAGAAGUGGUAAAACAAUCCUUAUCAAUCUCGCUGCUGUCGACGAGAGGUUCUGAUAAUUUAUCAACGAAAAGUGUCGAAGACGGAAAAUAUUCAACCAUAAGUGCCAACACCGUAUAAACGUCCACCAUGACGCCGACACUGCCAAAGUUACUGACGCGGAGCUGCAGCGGGAAACAUGUGCUCCUAGCGCUCGGAGCACUGGUCACCCUAACUCUCAGCUAUGCCAACGGAUUCGCCACCCUGGCUAGCGAACUGGACAAACCUCAGCGCUGUACCCUGGAACGAUCCUACAAAAUGGUCGGGUACAACUGUGCCAACCUCAACCUGAAGGAGAUUCCGCAAUCUUUGAAAAGCACUCUAGAGAUUUUUGAUCUCAGCUUCAAUCGAAUCCGUGACCUAAACAGACAAUCAUUCACACGUUACCCCGACGUCAAGUAUUUGUACCUUUUCGAGAACAUGAUUCAGAACAUCGAGGAGGGAACGUUCAGCGAAUUAACCAGCUUAGAGGCCAUCGAUCUCUCGAACAAUGCGUUGAAAACCAUCCCGCUGGAGUUCUUUCGAUUACCACUUCUAAGGAACCUCUACGUAGCGCACAACGCACUCCUAGAUCUGGUGCAGGACAUGGACCGAUUACAAAAACCCAUCGCAGCACCGCUCCAGGUGCUCAACCUAGCCGAUUGUUGGCUGCAACGAUUGCCAAAUUUUGGCAUCAUGCCGGAUCUGUGGCAGCUCAAUAUUUCCUUCAAUCCCCUGGUGGAGCUGACGAUCGAUCAGUUCGCUCCGAUGUGCAACCUCAAAUCGCUGGAUAUGAAUGGCACCCAGACGCCCAUCUGUGCCUGCCAAACCAUCACGACCGAGCUGACGGCUCGAAGGACCAAGAUCGUCAGCAGCAAUCCGCACUGCACACUGCUGUUUUCGUCAGAGCAAAGCAUUUGUGCACAGGAAGCGGAAGAGAGCCUCGUUUCGGUCGCACCGGUCCGAUCCGAGUACCAACAGUGUCUGGAGGUGCGCAGCUCCCGGAAACGGGACACCGAAGCCAAAACGGCUUGGUUCCGGAUAUCGAUGGCGGUGCUGGCCUGCAUUGUCGUUUUCUCGCUAAUACUCUACUACUUCCACCGACGCAAUGUCAAAAACAUGAAACGAAAACAAAACGCCUACGGUGGCCGAUAUAAAGCUCCACCGGGUGGACCGGACACCAUCAAUCGGGUAAAGGUGCCAUCGUUGCACGAAAACGACGACCACGUUUCGAUCAUAGAGAAUGGAAAAUGUGAUAAACUGUUGAAGGAUUGUGAUUGAAGAAAUGCUGCGCAGCUCACAUCUAUUCAGCACGAGUAAGCUUAAGGCUAGAAGAUUUCUUAAACAAUAGAUAAUUUUUGGAUACAAUCGACGCAAGACUAACGUUCUAAAAGUUAUUAGGAUAAUUCGUAAGCUAAGAAAAUGUAGAUAGCAAUUCGUCAUAGAAUAGCAUACUCAAAUGAAAUACACUGUGUUAGCAAAACCCAAACGAUUGCAAUGAAACAACACACCUUUGCCAUACGGAACAUUGUUUACAAAUUAUUGUAUAAGUUGACUAAAAUAAGCCAGAAAUAUUAGGAGACAAGUUUUCAACCAUAUUGUUAAUUUGACCAAAGAAUUUAAAGAAACAGCCCGCCGUUUUCAUUAUGAAAGAAAUUCCAUAAACGAAACAUACAAUAGCUCACAACAAAAAACCGUAGCAGACAUUACCACUA